AUGGCAGAGUCGAUCGACAUCAACGAUACCACGGUGCUGGGCCAAGAUGUUGCUGCGCCGCGGCCGCAGGACAACGGUGGCGGCGACUCGGGCGAGACCAUCGAGGAGCGAUGCUUCUCAGCCGCACUCAUCUGCCUCGAGGGCCACUUUACACAGUCGCCGCCCAUGGGCCCGCAGACCACGGCGCGGGUCAACUCGAUGAUCUCCAAGACGCUGGAGAAGACGCACACGCUCCGGAAAGUCAGAGAGGCGUUGGCGCGGAACGUGGCCAUCUGGAUAUGGCUUACCAGGAUCUUUGCGGCUGCCAUCCCGAGCUUGACGUCGAGGUCAGUGGGACCGCUGUCGGCUUUGAACGACCCCGACAAGGGAGUCAGCCCCCAGGAAAGCACGGCCUUGAUCGUCCUCAACCACGUCUCUGUCAAGGAAGACCUGGGCACUCUCAUCAAACUCAUGCACAUCGCCCGCAAUCUUCUUGUCAAUGCCGAGCCCGAGGUCCCCCAGGACAUUUGCGCCGCAGUGCACUUUGACCAGAUGGUCUAUCAGACGAUUAUCCUCUGUGUAAACGUCACAAGCAAGGGUUACGACGGCGAGAUACUGGACGAGACUCAGAGACUGAAGCUCACGGAUAUCACCGAAUUGUACAAAAAACUGCUUGUGACAUCACUGCAGCAGGUUCACAACUGGACGGCCAAGCAUGACCGAAACAAGAUGUCGUUUUGGUUCGACGUGCUGUUUGACGAUGACGGAGCGCUGUCGAGCCCUGAGGAAAUCAUGAGCGAUGGGUCGGGCUUCCGCGCGGAUGUGGCGAAGCUUCAGGUUCAGCAUUGGCUUGAUCGGAACUCGAAAAUGUGCGACACGGCGAGGGCGCUGCUCAAGGAUUACGCGCAGAACCAUGCAGACAAACCACCGGGAAACCUGGCCCCUAUACGGCCACUGGCCUGGAACUGGCUCCCAGAUGUCCCCGGAGCCACGCCUAUCAUCAUGGACGAUAACAACGAGAAGAUCAACCCGGUAUGGAAGCCGGACGAGACGGACAAGUUCCAACAGGACAGACUGUACGCUCGUGUAUCGCGUGAGAUUGAUACCUGGUGGCUCCGAGCGCGCGACCCCAACUACGAAGACUGGGUAGUAGGCAUGCCCUCGGUGGAGUUUGCGCAAUCGCGUACAGAGCACUGCCGAAACAACUUGGUCCAUCGAUAUGCCCAUUCGUACCGAGCAGACCACUCGCCCCCUCCCGAGGGCGCCGAAGAGGACCUCUCUGAUCACGAACACUGCCACGACUGCCACGACUGCUAUCUGCGAGAUGACCAUCAUCACCAUCACUGCCACCACCACCAUCAUCAUCAUCACCACCAUGAUCACGACUAUCCUCAUGAUUAUAUGGACGACAUGAUGGACGAUGAGGAGGUUGACGACGAUGAAUCAUAUGGAGACGGGCCCUUGACUGGACUUUUGACCGAAGUGCCCAACAUACUGGAUCCUAAGCAGAUCGAGGCGUUGCACAUGAUAGUAAAGUCAUGCAUACUCGAUCACGCAGGGUCCGGGUUGACACGGGCUGGAGAAAACUUGCAAAAGACGCGCUGCAGAAUGUUCCUCGCCCUAGAUUGCGGCAAGAGCCUCCUCAGGGAGCUGCUCGUCUUCAUCGCCGUAUGGGACAAGGACGAGCAGAGCCUCAUUUUCCAAGUCACGACGCAGAUUGUGGAAGCCAUUCACCACAGCGCGCUGGUGCCGUAUGCGUGGAACUCGCUGAGGAUUCCUAAGGACAUCAUCUCUCCGGCACAGACGGUUCUGUUGCGCCUCGUCAACCACAUGCUCCGGGCUCGAGCAGCCAGCUCUACUACGCAAGAUUCCAAGGACCAGACGAGGGAUCUCAAGCUGGCGCACUUCUUCUUCAGCUUCUUCCGGAGCCGCAUCGUUCCGGAAUGCGCGGCAUUGAUGCACCUGCAAGCCCAGAUUCGAGAAGAGAACCGUGACCCAGCUGAGUUCCCGGUUGACAGCUGGGAUAUGGAGCGAGCCAAGGAUGGAUUGGCUCAGUACCUGGAGUUUCUCACGACCGUGGCUGAGAUGGUGGAUAUGAGGCCGCACCUGAUCGAGUGGCAGGCUAUCUAUGAUCUGAUUACGAUUCUCAGCAGCCUCGAGGCCGCAGUGCCGAAGAAGCCCCUCGUCGAAGUGCCGAAACGCGCGCCAUCAACGGAGAGCGCCCCCAGCCUCAACACCAACACCAACAGCGGCGACGUCAACGAUCCGAUGGUGGAGCGGCCUUACUCGACAGGACCUGAAUGCGUGUCCCCAUCUCCGCCGCCACCGCCCCUGCAGGAGCCGGCUCACAAGUUUCCAUGGUCCGGCAUCAAGGGGCAGAUCUUUACCAUUAUUGCAACGCUGCUGCAGCCCCCGCCUGGCCAAAGCAGCCCUGGGAACGCGCAGGUGCAGAUGCAGAUGAUGAAGUACAACGGCAUCGUGCCCCUGCUCAACUGCUGUGCGUACGAUGACCAUAACCCGUUCGCCAAGGAGCGGGUCACCAUCUGCCUGAAAUGGCUGCUGGACGGCUGCGAAGCGGCCAACAAUUUCUUCCGCGAGCUGGUGAGCCUAGCACCGCAGCCGAACCUGAGGCCACCGCCAGGAGGCGCCACGCUCUCGACGAUAAAGUUGGACGGAGUGCAAGGCGAGGUCAAGGUGCAAGUCCGGUCCAACACGGCGCCCCCGUUGACGAUGCCGGACCGCGACACGGAUGAGCUGCUCGAGAAGGCUGCGGAACUUAAGCUGGGGCUCAACCAGACCAAGAGCAGCGGUGGCCAAGGCAAUAUUGAGGAGGACUUUAUGGCGUAG